CUUGGUUUUACUCUUCAAUCGGAUUAGGAGUGUGGGUGAGGUAUUGGGUAUGGUAUGAAGAGCUGAAAUGCAUCGAUGAGAUGCAGUCGUGUCCAACUUGAUAGCUACUAGGUAGGUAUCUAUCUACCUCGGCGGUCGUGACAUAGGUGCACAUAACAACAUAAAAGCAGCUUCUUGGACAAUUAUCCUCCUUUGAAGUUCUCUUCCUUCUUCGUAUCUCAUCACGCAGCAUCAGCUCAAAUCAUAAACUCUUCUUUUAAUCGCUAUAUCAAUCUUCAAAGAACAUCAGCUAUAUCCAAUGGCUCCUACCGCUCAAGAGAUUCGAGGUCUCCUCGAGGCCCACAUUGCCCAAGACCUCGCUGAGAAGACUGGGUCUGCGUCAAAGCAACUUGGACAUAUACACAACCACUUCCACGACGAUGCGGAGUACCACAUCAACGGACAUGAAUUCCACCACGCCACUGAGCUAAAGGGCGCUGAAACCAUCAAAGGGGAGGUAUCCGACGGAAGCCUUUCUGAAUUCCCCGACGUUAUCGACUACUCCAAGCCCCACGAUUGCAAGGUCCUUCAAGUAAUCGGUGGUGGCAAGGAAAGCGAAUGGGCUGCGGCUGUGGUAAAGGCUACCGCAACAACCACCACCGGCAAGCCAUUCAAUCACGAGUCGGUGAUGACCCUCCAGUUCGACAGCAACGGCAAGAUCCUCCACAUGAAGAACUAUGCCGACACCCUUCACCUCCACAACAUCAUCCAAGAUGCUUCUUAAUUGCUCUCUAGAACAACCGGCUAGGGAGGAGACCUGCUGGAGAGAUCAAUCGUUUGACCGGGUAAGAGAUUCAAUUGGUGCAAGUAACUUGUGUGGAAGAUCCUCUCCUGGCCCCCCUCCUUGCAGCACACUCUCGCGAUUUCAGGGAUUUUGCAGGUUUCGCCGAUUCAUAUGGCUCUCAUGGUGAAGAGCCUUCAUGAGGCACCAACGGAACAACUCGGCUACCACUCCAUUCAUUAGGUUAUCUCAAAUAGGCAAUCAAUGUCGUCAUGAUAAUUAUGUCUUCCACGUGGCAAUCGCUUUACCAUAGAUUGAGUUGUUUCAUUGAUUUUCAAGGUGACUGUCCCUAGGUACAUGAGUCUAAGCCACCCCCUGGAAAUUAGGCAUUCUAGCACAGCCACAGUGAAGUGGGGUACAUCUCAGGAAAGGGGGGACCAGUCUCCCUUUCUUUUUUCAUAAUUUUGCAUAGUACUAAAUUAAACGUAUUCUUAGGA